ACUACCUCAACAGCUAAAAGUGCGUUUGCAGGGGGAAGAUAGUGGAUGCUAUUUCCUAGCUAACGUAAUGAUGGAGGAUAUUAGUAGGAGAAAGAACAGGAGGUUCAUUUUCAAAUUGGAUUUUAAGAAAGACUGUCAGAUUUAGUUGGUGAGCAUUGGGGCCAGUUAAUAAGGGGUUGUUUGUCUAAUAUGCAGUUCGUCGUUGUUGUGAAUGGUGAACCUAAGUCAUGGUUUAGGGCCUCAAGUGGGUAUUAAACAAGGAGGCCUACUCUCCCUCUUUUUGUUUGUCCUAGUAGUUGAUGUUUUAAGUAGGAUGGUACAUAGGGGAGUGGAUUGGGUGUUAGUGGAAAUGUUGUAGUACGGAGAGAAGGAAUGGUUAUUUCUCAUCUUCAAUUCAUUGACGACGCUAUUUCCUUUUUUGAUGAUCAUAGCCCUUCUCUAAGGAGUAUUUUUAGUGUUCCCCGAAUUUAUAAGAGGGUGUCUAUGAUUAAAAUUAGCAUGGGGAAGAGUGAUUUAGCAGCUAUAAAUGUGUCUGUGGAGCGCACUAGCGAGUGCUCCUCUUAUGUAGGCCAUGAUUUAUUGGAUUGGCUUUUCACUAAUUUAGGGGUCCCUUGGGGAGGUAAUACUAGAUCUACUGAUUUUUGGAAUCCAGUAGCGGAGCUAAGCAUUUAAAUGGCUAGAAGAGGGCUCUUGUCUCUCUUAGGGGUAGAAUCACUCCUAUUGAGGCUUGUCUGUCUAGUAUUAUGUUGUGUUAUUUGUCUAUUUUUAAGAUUCCAAUUGGAUUUCUAGUAAGCUUGAGAAAAUUAUAAGAGAUUUCUUAUGGUCUAGAUUUAGAAGGCAUAGGGAUCAUUUAGUAAGUUGGGAAGAGGUUUAGAGGUCUAAAAUGAAUGGUGGGCUGGGACACGGAAGUAAGGUUGGGUUGACUGAGAAUGGUUGGGAUACUAGUGUUAUUUUAAGAUGUUCUUUAAAGAGUCCAUGGAGAUCUCUCUCAAAUCUAUCCCUUACUCAUUCCUCACACUAAAUUUGUGGUUGGGAGGGGUUCUUAGAUUUGUUUUUGGAAGACCUGUGGUUCGUAUCUUAUCCACAUCUUUUCCUUGGCUCUUCCAAUUGAGCUCAGGGCAAAAUAGUGUUAUUUCUUUCUUUGUGUGAUUCCGUUAGUCCUUUUGUCUCUUUGAUUUUUCAUUUCAAGAGACCCCUUAAGGAUAGAGAGUUAGUGGAGUUAUCAUCUUGUUGAUUUUAUUGAAUAACUAUCGCCUUUAUUCAGGUACAAAUGUUUGGUCUUUGUAUUUGGAUCAUUCAGAAGUCUAUUCUUGUGAAUCAUAUUUUGAGUUCUUGACCAAUUCCAAUUUUUUUUCCCACUAUAUUCUAUUAUUUGGAAGGCCAAAGCACCACAGAAAUUAAGGCUUUUAUUUGGUGGGAUGUGCUUAAUAAAAUCAAUACCAAUAACUUUUUUUACAAAUCAAAAUACUUGUGAAGGUUCUACCUACAAAUGUUUGUUUUCUCUGCUACAAGAAUUCUGAGACAGCUUCCCAUCUUUUUCUGCACUGUGAUUUUUCUUAGAGGAUUUGGAAUAAGUUAUUUGGUGUUUCGCGAGAAAAUUGGGUUUGUAUGGUAUCAGUGGAGGAAUUUUUGGCUACUUCAUUUGAGGGUUUUGGGAGGAAGGAUAGGGUUGGGUUAUGAAAAUGUGGUUAUUUGCAGUGCUGUGGGAGUUAUGGUUGGAGCAUAAUGCACAAACCUUGUCAAGGAAAAAUAAUGAAUUUGCGACUAGUUCUGGAAAAGAUUCACUACUUCGCCUCUUUGUGGUGUGUUGGGAUUGGGUUUUUUAAGGGAGUUAGCUUUUUGGAAGUUCAGUGAGAUUGGAGGAAUCUUUUGAGUUUAUGUAUGAUAGAGUAGAAACUAGCGUUAGGGGUGUAAUAGGUGAACCUAAAAAUUUUCCAAGCACAAUAGGUAUACAUCGAAGUUCUACUUUGAGUCCCUAUCUUUUUACUUUAGUAAUUGAUGAACUAACUAGGAAUAUCUAAAAUGAGAUCCCUUAGUGUAUGUUGUUUGCAGAUGAUAACGUGAUGAUUGAUAAUAGUAGGAGCAUAGAGGAAUCUAAGCUAGAACUUUGGAGUCACAUUAGAGUCCAAAGGGUUUAGGAUAAGAAGGAAUAAGACAGAAUAUACGAAAUGUAAUAUCAGUAAAUGUAAGGAGUAGCAACCGAAAGAAGAUUAAACUUGAUAAUCAAGAGAUUACUAGCAUUGAUAAAUUUGGAUAUCUUGGAUCUAUUAUGCAAGCUGAAGGGGAAAUUGAAGAAAAUGUAGUACAUAAAAUUAAAACAGGUUGGGUAAAAUGGAGGAGUGCAUCAGGCGUGUUGUGUCUUGUGUGUUCAUAGAAUACUCUCAAAAUUAAAAGGAAAGUUUUAUGAGACAGCUAUUAUACCAGCUAUGCUUUAUGGUUUAAAAUGUUGGGGAACUAAGAAGCAACAUGCACAAAAAAUAGAAGUUGUUGAGAUGCAACUGUUAUGGUGGGCGAGUGGUUUAACCCUAAAAGAUAAAGUAAGAAAUGAGCAUAUACGCAAUAUUUUAGGCAUAGCACCGGUUGAAAACAAGAUAAGGGAGGAGCGGCUUAAAUGGUUUGGACAUUUAAAACAUAGGCCUAGUAGAGAACCUGUGAAGAGGAGUGAGUCAAUUAUUGUUUCUGGCAUGGAAAGGGGUAGGGGUAGGCUUAAAAUAACUUGGAAUGAGGUAGUGAGGAAGGAUUUAAUAGCCCUCAAUCUAAUAGAGGAAAACGCUUUGGAUCAAGUGAAUUGGCGAAAAAGGAUUCAUGUAGCCGACCCCACCUAGUGGGACUUAAGGCUUGUUGUUGUUGUUGUUGUUGUUGUUGUUUUUAUUUGUUGUUGUUUAGUUUUUUCCUUUGGUUUGUUCCAAGACUUUUACGAGAGAUGUGUAAUUCUCCUUUUUGUAAAUUCGUUUCUCCUAUUAGUGAAAUCUCUUCUUUUUCUAUAAAAAAAUAUUUAAAAACAUGAAAAAGGCAAAAUACAAAUCAUAAAACUUCAAUAAAAAUUCAAAUCGAUUAAUAUGAAAAGAUAUUGCUCAAAUAUGAUAUAUUAAGUAUAUUUACUAUUGAGCAUGGUUUUAAAUAACGGCCGUUACGUAACGUAACGGCCGAUACGUAACGUAAAUCAAGGACUCCGAAACCGAUCCGGGCCGAUAAUGCGGUUCGGAAAAAAUUCACAGCCGUAACGGCCGUUACGGCUCCGUAACGGUCCGUAACAGCCGUUACCCCUACGUUACACUCCGUAACAGUCCGUUACGGACCGUUACAUACCGACAACUUGCAGAAUCUGCUUUCUGCUGCGCAGCGUUCCUUUCCCCCUUUCCCGAGUCCCAAGCACCCAUCUACCAUUCAAUCUACCUAAAUCUAACAUUCAAAAACAAAAAUACUUACUUGCAGUUUUGUUGGCCGAGCCGCUGAAGCUAUAAGAUGGCUUCACGCCUUCACUCCUUUGAAGCCUGAGUUACUCAUCUUCGCAGCCUUCGUUUCCUGAAUCCUGAACCUAACAAAGUUCUUCGAAGCUUGAGAGUGGCCGAACGAAGGCAGCUUCAUCCGCCACCGCCAGUCGUCGCACUCGCCGCCACCAGCCAGCCCUCUACCAGUCGUCGGCGUCGUCGCACUCGCAGCCACCAGCCAGCCCUCCGCCAGUCGUCGCACGAAGCUUCGAGGCUUCGAGGCUCCUCCAUCCUCCGAGUCGCCUCCCCUCUCUCGGUCUCACUCAGAGUCUCAGACUCUCUGCCCUCUGCUCAUCUCGCGUAUGAGAUAAGCUUUAUUUCAAUAACACUCAACACCCACAACCACAUUUUAAAUAUUUUAUUAUGUUUUUUUUUUAAUUAUAAUUUAUUGUAAGUAAUGUUUGUUAAAUUAAAUUAAAAAAAAAAAAAGUAAUUUAAUAGAGUAAAAAGCUUUAAAAUUUCAGAUUCAUUUAAUAUGCAAGCAUGUCAUAUUCUGUUUUGAUUAACAUACUUUUAUUCAUUCUUUACGUAUUCUUUCUUUCCUUUUGGUUUCAUUGCAUAUAAAAUAUAUAUUAUUUUAAAAUAAAUGACUAUGACAUGGCAUUCCAAAAAUAUGGAGUGGACAAUUUCUCAUGUUCUAUUUCUAUGCAAUUUUAUAUUUGUGAGUAAAACAACAUUUUGCAUAAUUAUUUCCCCUAACAGCAUUUUUUUUGUUGUAAAUUAUUAUAUUCAUAUACAAUAUCAAUUUCAUUUAUAUGGUAUCGCAUUAACAUUUUUUGAAAGCUGACACCAUUAGAAAUAGACUAAUAGUAUUAUGGUUACAGACUUCCAAGAUACAACAUUAGUACAAAAAAUACUCUUUUCUAGUCUUAUGCCUUGCCUAUAGAUGCAGCUCUUGUUUUUUUUUUCUUUUCAAAGAUCAGAAAUCUCCCACAUCUUAAACUUUUUAUUAUGUUUUUUUUUUAAUUAUAAUUUGUUGUAAAUUAUGUUUGUUAAAUUGAAUUAAAAAAAGAGUAAUUUAAUAGAGUAAAAAAUCAAAAAAUAGUAAUAAUUAUGUAAAAUAAAAUUUUCUUAAUUUAUAAAUAUUUUAAUUGUCUUAUAUUUUUUGAAAGGUAAUUAGGAAAAUUUAGUUUUAUCACAUAUUUCCUAUUUAUAAAUAUUUUUUAAGUUUUAAAAUAUCAUUUUGACGUUAAAUUUAAAAUUAGGUAAAAUAAAUCGUUACAUGAUCUAUUUUUUGUUUUUCAGUUAUCAAAUAAAGUAAAAAUUGAUAACUUAAUAAAAAACAUUUUAACCUAAUAGUUAAUAUAUUAAUAAUUCAGAUUUUUGCUAAUUACUAGUUUACUACUGGAAUUUGUAGAAAAAUUUUAUUUUAAUCCAUAAAUUGAGAAAAUGCUUAAAAAAUUAAAUAGAAAUUUAUACUGUAUGGAUCUCUAUUAGUGAUGCUGUGAUGUAUAUAAAAGUAGAGCAAGUUUUUUCCACCUUUAAAAUUACAAUGUUAAUUUCUUAUAGUUAUAAAUAAAAAUAAAAUCAAGUUAAAAAAAUAAUGAAAAUACCUUUUUAAAGAUAAAGGAAUAUAUUUUUUUGUAAUAAAAUAUCUAAUAUUUUAAUCCAUAUACUGAGAAAAUGUUUAAAAAAUUAAAUAGUCAAUUUGUAAUGUAUGGAUCUCUAUUUGUGAUGCUAUGAUGUAUAUGAAAGUAGAGCAAAAAUCUUUUUCACCUGUUAAUUUCUUAUAGUUAUAAAUGAAAAUAAAAUCAAGCUAUAAAAAAUAAUGAAAAUAUCUUUUUAAAGAUAAAGGAAUAUAUUUUUUUUGUAAUAAAAUAUCUAAUAUUUUAUAAUUUUGUUUAUUUAUAUAUAAAAAUAAUAAACAUUACUUAUUAUUUUUAAUCAAAUAUUAUACUUAUUUUUACGUAAUAAGUAUUUAAAAUUAGGACUAUUUAGUACUUAUUAUUUAAUAUUUACUAAAUUACUAAUUAUAUUAUUCCUGUCAUUGUAGGAAGGUUGUAACUUUGUAUUUUCUUUAUAUUUUGUGUAGAGAUCAUCAAAUUAAGUCUAUCAAUAUGUCACGUGAUAGAGGAAAUGAAAACUUACCUAGUGAAGAUAUUGGAUGGCAUUUUGGUACUGCGGUAGACGGUAAUAGACAUGUUAUUAUGUGUAAGUUAUGUGGGAAGAUAAUCAAAGGGGGCAUUACACGCUUGAAACAACACUUGGCACAUAAAAAGGGUCAAGUAGCUGGAUGCUCAAAUGUGACCACACAAGUAAGAGAACAAAUGAUGAAACAUCUACAACAGUAUGCUGAGAAGAAAAGAGAUAAACAAAAAAGGCAAGAAGAAGCAGAAGCCCAAAUUAGAGGAGAUUUUGAGAAUUUCAGCGAUGAAGAAGACUUGGAAGAAGAAAGUAUGAGAUUCGCUCGACAAGAAAGCAUGCGAUCACAACAACAAUGGGAAGAGAGACAAAGAUUUCGAGCAAGAACAACUGGAAGGGGUAAUAUUUAUGAAGAGGGAGGUGGCUCUGGCAGUGGUGCUACCAGUGGUUUCAAUAGAGCAGGAGCUCGAUCUUAUAGUGGUCGAGAAGCUGGAGGUAGUGGACGACAAUGGAUCAAUCCUGAUGCCCCUGAAGCUAGACUAAAGGCAAUGGAUCCUAUUUUAGAAAGAAGCAAGAGUGCGAAACAACCAAAACUCAACACAAAGUUACUGAAAGGUUUAAGAAGUAAAUUAGGAAAAGCGGUUGGAAAAUUCCUAAUUUAUAAUCGGAUUCCAGCGAAUGUAGCUGACUCUCCAUUUAUGCAGCCUAUGCUUGAUAUUGCUGCAGAGGUUGGAAAGGGGGUGAAGGGUCCAUCACCCUAUGAGAUAUCUGAAAUUUAUUUGGAGCAAGAGUAUCAAGAAAUGAAAAAUUAUAUAGCUUCUUUUGCUGGAAUUUGGAAGGAAAGAGGUGUAACACUUAUGUGUGAUGGUUGGUCAGGACCAACUAGAAAACACAUUAUAAACUUUUUAGUUUAUUGCGAUAGAGGCACCGUGUUUCAUAAAUCAGUUGAUGCCUCUGAUGUGCCAAGCAGAACAGCUGAAUAUUAUUUCAGAUUAAUGGAUGAGGUGGUUGAAGAAAUUGGAGAGGAGAAUGUUGUCCAAGUAGUGACUGAUAAUGAAGCUGCAAUGAAGGCAGGAGGAAAAUUAUUAAUGCAGAAGAGGCCCAAUCUCUAUUGGACAGCAUGUGCAGCUCAUUGCAUAGACCUUAUUCUUGAAGAUAUUGGUAAGAAAAGUAACGUGAAGAAGGUCUUAGAAGAUGCAAGAACAAUAACCUCAUUUAUUUACAACCACACAUGGACAGUGAAUUUCAUGAAGAAAUUCACAAAUAAUAGAGAGUUACUUCGCCCUGCCAUCACUCGAUUUGCCACAAAUUUCAUUGCUUUGGAGACUAUUGUCAGGCAUAAACAAGCACUAAGGGAAAUGUUUACAUCUGAUGCUUGGAAAAACUCAAGGUUUGGAAUGGCAAAAUCAGGCCCAGCAUAUGAUUCGAAGAAAAUUAUCUUAGGCAAAGAGUUUUGGCAAAAGGCCUCUGAUAUAAUUAAAGUGCAAGAACCCUUGGUGAAAGUUCUUAAAUUGGUUGAUGGUGAUGAAAAACCAACCAUGGGCUUCAUAUACGAGGCAAUUGAUAGGGCGAAGUUGGCCAUUCAAAAAGAUUGCCGGUUUUACAAAGACUAUUGGAAAAUUAUUGACAACCGGUGGAGUUUUCAGUUGCACCAAGAUUUGCACGCUGCUGGGUAUUUUUUGAACCCACAAUUUCUUUAUGGUGCCCCACCCUCUCCUGAAGUUGCUAGAGAAGUCAUGGAUGGAGUUAAAAAAGUGAUAACCAAGUUGGUACCCGAUAUAGAUACUCAAAUUCGGGCUAUUAAUCAAUUGUUGCUAUAUCGAGAUAGGCAAGAGACUUUUGGAACCCCGUUGGCUCAAAGGGCAGUAAAACAAACAAAUCCUGCUGAAUGGUGGAUUCAUUAUGGCUUGUGUGCUCCUGAGCUCCAAAGAAUAGCAAUUAGAGUUCUUAGCCAGACCACAUCAGCUUCGAACUGUGAGCGUAAUUGGAGCACCUUUAGCCUCAUCCAUACGAAAACAAGAAAUAGAUUAAAGUACAUGAGACUACAAAAACUUGUUUUCGUACAUUACAACAUGAGGUUAAAGUUAAGACGUACAAUGAGAAGAAGCCAACGAGAAAUUGAAGAGGGUUUCAAUCCUAUCAAUUUGGAUUACAUUUUCGAAGAAGAUGAUCCUUUAAGUCAAUGGUUAGAGGAGAGAGAGACACCACUACUCGACGGUCAGGACAAUUCAAAUUGGUUAAAUGAAGAGGUUGGUGGUACUACAGAAGGAGGUGAUCAACCACCAAUAAACGCGCAUGAUGAUUCAAGUUCAAGUCCUGAACGCACACAAAGUGAUGACAAUCUUGGUUUGAGCCCACCAAGUGAUGAUGAUGGUAAUAGUGGUGCUGGAGCUGGGGUUGGGGGGGGUGGCAGUGGUGGUGGUGGAGGCGGCGGUGUAGAAUAUAAUUAUGGAUAUGAUACAGGGACAUCAUUUGGAAGGGAUAUAUAUCCUUCUGAUCCUUAUGGACUACAUGACAUACCUGAAAAUUAUGACUUGGGUAUUCCUCCAGGGAACCAAUCUUCACAACCCAGGAGAAGGAGUGCUCGUGGUGACCCUAGCGAUUCUACUGAAGAUUCAUAUGGUGUGGUUCGUAGUUUUGGCGACUUUGGUUUAGAUGGUUCAUCAUCACAAUCAUAUGGAUCUCAUCCAGCAUAUCCACAUUAUGCAUCUCGUGACUCACAUUUUUAUCCCAGUGGAUCAGGAAUCUCAGGAUCUAGUGAGUCUUCUUCUACACACUACCCAGAGCCAGCCCCUGCCCCAACUUAUAGACAUUAUUCAGGAGAAUUUUCAUCACCAGUACAUUUUCAAGAGCAACAACAAAAUGACGCAAACUUGGGUUCAUUUAACUAUGUAUUUCCACAAGGAUGGGGAGAUAAUUUCCCAUCCCAAUCUCAAGAUACAGAUGCAAAUUAUGAAGACCCUCCACGUCAUUCUUUUUGGUGGUGACAUGAGUUAUGUUAUAAAUUUGUAAUAUUGUAUUCAUGUAUUUUCAACUAUUUAUUGAUAUUUGAUAUUAAUCACUUUUUAAAUUCAUGUAUAUGUAAUCACUGUAAUGUGUAUAUUGAGUAUUAAGUCUAUUGAGUAUUGAUUCAUUUUUAGUAACUUUAUGACUUUAAUUAAUUGAUUCUUACAUUUCUACA